AAUGGGGUUCGCCAUCAAUAAGUGGAGGACUGGAGGAGAAAGCGCCGUUCGCAUAAAUCCAUGGGUUCGAAGAGGAAAUCCUGUGAAGAAAACGGCGACGGGGAAGCAUCGCCGACGCGAGCCGGCGGAUCAAAGCGGUGCUGCUGCGAUCGGCAAGACCGGGGAUACACGGUGGACGAAUUGAUGAAGAAGCUGAAGCCGUACCCUCGUGAUCUCCAAGUGGUUCAACAAUUAUGUCAAAAGGUUGGCUUCAAUGUUCCUCAAUUUUCUUCCAGAGAGUGCAAAUAUCGAUUUCGGUUUAAUAAAUUGCCGGAGAAACUUUAUACAGACACAAACUUCAUAGCAUAUGAUAUUAAGAUUGAAAUAGCUUUGGUAGAUGCUUCAAACAAUGUCAUCAGCUCUGGUCCCAUGGCGAUAGCUGAGAUUGAAAUUGUUGUCCUUAAUGGAGAUAUUGAUGGCGAUGAAAAUGGUGAAUGGACCGAGGAAGAGUUUAAGAAAUAUGUAUUAGAGCCAAGAAAGGGUAAAGGACCAUUGUUGAUAGGAAACUUGCCCACGAGGCUUUGUGAUGGAAUUGGAAGUAUAUCAGAUGCCACAUUUACUGAUAACUCUAGUUGGACUAAGUCUAAAACGUUCAGAUUGGGUGUAAGAGGCAUGGCUAAAGAAGUUCAAGUAGGAAUAAGCAAGGAUUUUAGAGUACUAGAUCGGCAUAUGAAACGGCACCAAAAGGAUCGUCCUCCGUCGAUGGAGGAUAAAGUAUAUAAUUUAAAGGGGAUUUUCGAAAAUGGCCCUUUCCACAAGAGGCUUGUAGAAUGUAAUAUCAACACUGUGCGGGACUUCUUAUGUUAUUGUAGCGAAAACCGUCCAGAAACGCUACGUGAUAUGAUUGGAAUGACAGAAGGAAGAUGGGUAAGAACCUAUGGUCAUGCCUCAAAGUCUAGGGAGUGGCCUGAUAUUCUACGCGAUGGCUGUCUGGUUAACCCUCCUGCACCUGACUUGAAUUUGGGACGAUUUCUUGGAUCAAGUUCAUCCCAAACUUCCAAUGUCCUGGUGCAGCCUAAUGGCAUGUCUACCAGCGCACAGGGUCUAUCUGCUCCAAUCGGCUUAGAGUCGGGGAACAAUUUGAAAGCAACUUUCAUCAUGAGGGAGGGGGUCUGGAGCGGCACUAAUCGGGUGGAUAUUCUCGUUGAUGAUCUGCUGAAACAAAAUGGAAGAAGCUAUGUGCCCAAUAAUUUUGAUAUUGGUUCCCCAUUGCUUCGUGUCAAAUGGCUAAAGCUAUUAUUCGUUGCAAGGCUUAAAAUGGCUGCACCAAAGCCCCGAGAAAGCAAGUGUUCUGAAACCAAUUCACCAAGAUGCAAUUGGUUCAAGUUAGUAUUCAUUGCAAAACUCAAAGUCACUGCACUAAGGUCCCGAAAAUUCAAGCAAUCUGAAACCAGUUCACCAAGACAGAAUGAUGAUGAUUCACUAUACGGAGAUCUUUCACCUAUUUCAUAUUUGACGCCUUGGGAGAUGGAAUUCUAUUAUCCAAGCUUGUAGAGGGUAUGCCUGGAGCUAUGGUUAGUUGCUUUCAUUGUGUCCUGGAGGUCAUAAAUUUGAAUAACAAAAAUUGAUCUUACCCCUCAUCACACACACCUUAUUCGUCAAACCUAUGAAGAUUGUUCGGUUUUAGCUUUUCUUUUCGAUGGUGGAUUUUGUUUUUACAGUUGUAUCAGUAUUUUGGUCUUAUUCAAGUGUUUCUUUUGUUUUAGCCGAAAAAUGUCAGUUUCAUAGUGUUGUUUGAGAAAUUUUAGGUAAGUUAAAGUUGUUCUUUCUGCUGGGGAUUUCACAAUUCAGUUUGGGUUUGCCAUUGUGUAAUUGUGUCUGAUUAAUGAACAUCUACCGGUCGUAUAUUGAUCAUUGUAGAUUUUUCUCGGUAAGUAAUGAAGAUCUUUAUUGACUAAA